AUGCAUAGGCCGAUCAACAAUGGCAUAGGCGGUGCGCACGCGGCCUGCGCCUCGUGCAAGCACCAAAGGAAGAAGUGCGACGACAAGUGCGUGCUGUCUCCGUACUUCCCCGCGGAGAAAUCCGCGGAAUUCCAAGCCGUGCACAAGGUCUUCGGCGUCAGCAACGUGACCAAGAUGGUUCUUGGCGUGUGCGAGGAGGACCGGCGGCGGCUCGCCGACUCGCUCGUCUGGGAGGCCAGGCUCCGGCAGCAGGACCCAGUCCACGGCGCGUUCGGGGAGUACCAAAGGAUACAAAACGAGCUCCAAUACUACAAGAGCUUGUGCCAGAAGCAAGUGAUCCAAUCGCAACACUUGCAAGGGGAGCUAAGCAAGAGAAGCCAUGGCACAGCGCGAAGCUUUGGUGGGUGGAACAACAAGUGCACGAAUGCGAUGGCAUGCGACCCCAGGACGAGCAUGAAUACCGUGGCGAGUUUCGGAGGAGGAGGAGGGGUUGUUCAUGGUACGGCCAUGAAUAAUACUUACACGCGUGACAGUGGGAGUUGCAUAAUCGAUUCGAUUCCAUAUCAAGGGCAAAGUUCAGAAGAUUUGAAUCAAGAAAGAGAGAUUGCUUCUGGUGUCCCACUCCAACAACAUGGUAUUAAUGGGUUUAAUCAGCUCUACUUCAUGUCAGGUAAUUUACCCCAUUCAAGUUUUCUAUUCGAUUCACCGUCAGUCUCAACAGCCGUACAUAGGGAGAACCUGGAUCAGAAACUUGAUGAUAACAUCCAUGGAUGGACGAUGGAGCUCCCAAGAGUCUCACCUUUGUUGUUGUCUAGGGUUGUCGGAGCUGCUGAUGAUAUGGUAUGGCAAAUCACCAGGCCAUAUGCAUCGAAUUACGGCUGA